AUGCCAACUGCCCUGCCGCCCAUGGCGACGCCGCUGCUUGACGACUCCGCUGCCGUUUCCACGGCCCUGAAGGACCCGGGCGCUCAUACUUCCCCUAACUCUGCCCCCGUGGCUGCUCCUACGGCCGCUGGCGCUCCAAGCAACAAUGCCUCUUCCACCCUGAAUGUUGCUCCGUUCAUCGUGAAUCCCGCCUCUGCGUCGUCGCCCCAAAAUCAUGAUACUCCACCUGUUACGCCGCCACCGGAUACGCCCGCGGGGACUAUAGUCAUUGUGUUCGGGGCUGGCCAGGAACAUAUCGUACAUAUGGUCGCGGAAGUGCUCGGAAAGCCGUGGACGACGGAGAUCGAAUUAUCAACAUUGACCAGGGCCAGUGAUGUCGUGGUGGCGGGCGUCCUGGCGCAUGAUCUUGGUCGGAGCUUGCAGGGCUGUGACCGGUCUGUGCUGGUCUUGAUCAAUACGCACUGUGUGGAGGAUGGAUCUGCACCGGAGGACCAGCUCAGCGAAGUCUGCGACUAUGAGUUCCUGUAUUCGCGGACGCCCUUUCUCCGCCGCGACUUGACCCGGUUCCUCUCGUUAAUUCUGGGUCAGACUCGGCCGCAUGAAGACCUGCGCACCAAGACGCGAACGAAUUUUAUUUCGACAACAUUUCCGGACGUUCAUGCGGCACUGCCCAAUUUAGAUAUCCUGUCCGUUGGAUCGGAUGCCGUCGAGAUUCGUGUGGACUUGCUAGUCGAGCCUACGUCGGACGGUGCUCCGGCGGGCUCGGUGCCGAGUCUGAAAUACGUGGGCCAGCAAUUGAUGCUACUGAGGCAACAUACGGAAUUACCAAUUAUAUUUACAACACGUUGUACUAAAGAGAAUGGGAAGUUCCCCGUGGAUGACCCCAUGCUCUUCUACAAGUAUCUGCGGCGGGCCAUUCAGUGGGGAGUCGAGUAUGUGGAUGUGGAACUGUGGCUUCCGGAGGAAAUUCGACGGCGGCUGGCGGAGGUCAAGGGCCAUAGUAUUAUCAUGUCUGCUUUCCAUGAUUUCUCCGGAACGUGGAAUUGGACUUCGCCGGAGGCCCAGCGCGUCUUCACGGAAAGCGCCAAGUACGGUGACAUUGUCAAGAUGAUCGCCAUGGUUUCGACUAUCGAGGAGAACUAUCAACUGGAGUACUUCCGGUCCACUAUCAAGAGUCAGGGCCCUGGUCCGCUCCUGUCUGCCGUCAACAUGGGCCAAACGGGCCAGCUCUCGCGAGCCCUGAACACCGUCUUCUCUCCGAUCACUCACCCUCUUCUCCCCAUGAUUGCGGCCCCCGGCCAGCUGACUGCCGCCGAGAUCAACGAGGCAUUGCAUAUCAUGGGUCAAUUGCCCAAACGCGAUCUGUACGCCGUCGGCUCGUUUCGGUCAACCCCCCACUCCAUGUUCAUGGAGAAGUGUAUGAAUGAGCUCGGUCUGCCGCACACGUUUAGCUCCAUCGACCGCGGCCCUAAGGGCUCCAUGGAAGCCGUGCUCAUGCAACCGCAAUUUGGGGGCGCUUCGCUCAAUCCGCCCAUCCCCAGCUCAACAUCGUACCUCCCCGCCGUCAGCGAGGCCGCCCGCGCCAUCGGGCUCAUCGACACCAUCGCACUGUCCACGUCCACCGAUUCCGGUAGCGCCCGCUUCAUCGGCGAAAACGCUGCCUGGAAAGGUAUCCGCGCUACGCUGACCCGCGAAUACGUCCCCUCGGCGUACCGCGGCCGUGCAGCAAUCAUCCUGGCCGGCUCGGAGACCGAUGCAUCCGCCGCGAUCUAUGCCCUGCGCAGCCUCGGCGUCGGCGCUAUUUACACCGUCGGCUUCAAAGCCGUCGGUCCGCUUGCCGCCGGCCUCGAGCCCUUCACGUCUAUUCAGUCCGUCAAGCUGGUCGAGCAGCCAUUCGUCAUCGUCUCAGCUCUGCCACCCGAGAAGUCCCUGCUCGUCCAGCCGCUGCUGCGUCACUACCGCGCCAACGGCCGCUCCUCGCCACCGUCGACGCGGGGUAAGGUGUACUUGGAUUUGACAAGCGGGCCGCGGAAGGGCGAUCCGCUGGGCGUCGCAACCAGCGCUGGGUGGACGGCGUACGGAUCGGAGGACGUCAGCGCCUGGACGACGGUAGCGACGCUACGACUAUUGGUCGGGCAGAAUGUGCCGUUCGACUUUGUGCGCAUGGCGUCCGGCCGCCCGUUGUUUUAG